AUGCCGAUAGGGAACGUCAACGGUGACGCAGGGCCCCAUCCGGCGGCCGCCGUUAGCGGAGGCGUCGCCGCUCCGUAUGGUCGUGCCUGUACGAACUGUUCUCGCGCAAAGUGCAAAUGUAUCCUCCGUCCCGUCGGCGGCGCUUGCGAGCGGUGUUUCCGUUUGGAUAAGACAUGUGAGCCGAGCAACCCACAGCGGAAACGCUCCAAAAAGCCGCCCUCUAGCAGGACGGCUCAGCUGGAGAAGAAGCUUGACGGUCUAGUUACCCUGCUGCGGCAGUCUGGCCGGCCCAACCUCCCCGACGAAUUAGGGGUGGAUAUUAGUGAUAUCCCCGGCGUCACAGGGGCAACAGGUUCUGCUGCCGCUACAGAUGACUCGCCCGGCGCUGUUAGAAGGGCACAGUCCUUGGAGCUCGUCGAUAUAUGUAGCACUAGUUAUGGGGCUUCAGCCCGGGGAGACGGGCGUGACGGCGGGGCCCAGGCAAGGGGAACCUCUCUUCCGACACCGACGCAGACCGCCAGCCCCGAAGGUACGGGAUACGGUGACGGAGACGAUUUUCUGCCGUCGCCGGACGAGGCCGAGGCGCUUUUUGAGGCGUUUCGCGGGCAGAACCUGCGGUAUUUUCCUUUUUUGCACUUCAAAGCCACCAUGACGGCGCAGGAGCUGCGGGCUGAGAAGCCAUUCUUGUGGAUCUGCAUCAUGACUGUCGCGUCCAAGGUUGCCAGCCAGCAGAUUGCGUUGGGACUGAGGGUGAGACAGAUUGUGGCGCAAAAGUUGCUUGUCGAAAAUGAGAGAAGCCUCGAUUACUUGCUCGGGCUGCUUUGCGUUCUCGGAUGGGCAAAUCACCAACUGGGUAAUAAGCCCUUCAUGUGUCUCUUCUGUCAGGUCGCUAUUGGUCUCACCUUUGACCUGGGCCUGUCGAAGGAUCCCAUCGAGGGGCUGAACCCCUUCCUCUGCUGGAAGGCCGCUCAAGAACGGGCUGACAAGGAGAAGAAUACCGUCCAUUGUCAGUUCUUCAAGGCUCAGAUGCCUCGAACGAUGGAGCAACGGAGGGCUGCCCUAGCAUGUUACAUUAUCACCGCCAACGUCGCUGGUUUCCUGGGCAAGAUGGACCCCCUGCGCUGGACAUCCCAUAUGGAUGAAUCUCUCCAGCUUCUUGACAGUCAACCCGAGGUCCCGUCAGAUCGCACUCUCGUCGCCUUGGUCAGGAUGCAGUUACUUAAUGAAGAGGCUGGCAGGCUGUCAUGGCGCCCUGACGGCGCCGAGGCGACCGAGGGUGUUAAGACGCCACCGUCAAUGUACGUCAAGCUGCUCCAAGGCCAGCUGCAGAAGAUAGUCCAGAACCUCCCCGCCGAAUUGCAGACCUCAGACACCAUCAUCUCACAGCUCCACUGCACCGAGCUUGCAAUCCACGAGAUUGCCCUGUCCACCAGAACCGGUGCCUGCGUACCUGCGAAUCUCCCCGACGUAGCCCGGCUCGACAUUCUCUACGCAUGCCUGCACGCCGUCAAGUCGUGGUUCGAACACUUCUUCACCCUUCCGCCAGCGUCGUACUAUGCCAUCCCUUUCCCCUUCUUUGCGCAGCUGAGUCACUGCACGGUGUCUCUCUACCGGCUUACCGUCUUGGAAGACCCCGUGUGGGACAGGGCAAGCGUGCGGAACACGAUCGAUCUUAUCGCCACGCUUGACGAGAUCGGCGACAGAUUCAUGAGAGUGUUUGUCGAGGCCGGACUGAACGUUGACGUUGAAGAAGGCAACGCGUUCGCCAAGGCGGUGAAGACUAUCAGUGGUCUGAGGAAUACGUGGGCUGCUACCUUGGGACCGAUUGUGAACCCGGCGACAACGGCUGUUGCCAACCCCGGCGUGGGUGGUGCGGCGGUGCUGGGCGGCAGUGGCGUGCCGGCGGGGCCUGGAGUCGGCGAUUUGGAGCUUGGGCAGUUUGGGUAUGACAUGAUGGAUAACCGGUGGUUCACCGACAUAUUCACGCCGUUUGACUUUUAG